CCAAAUGCUGGGAAAACAUACCAGCCCACAGGCUGUUCCUGGUCGUCCGGGCCCAUGGCUGUCUCCUGGCAUUUUCUACCUGGGCCUCUCAUUCUUGGGCUGGGUGGGCCUGCUGCAGGGACACCCCCAGUGCUUGGAUUAUGGACCACCCUUCCGUCCUUCUCUCCACCUGGAGUUUUGCUCUGACUAUGACUCCUUCGGCUGCUGCGAUCAGCGCAAGGACCACCGCAUCGCUGCCCGGUACUGGGACAUCAUGAACUACUUUGACCUGAAGGGCCACGAGUUGUGUGGAGGUUACAUUAAAGACAUCCUUUGCCAGGAGUGCUCUCCUUAUGCAGCCCACCUCUACGAUGCCGAGAACCCUCAGACCCCCCUCCGGAACCUCCCGGGCCUCUGCUCAGACUACUGCUCAGCUUUCCACCACAACUGCCACGCUGCCAUCUCCCUGCUGACCAAUGACCGCAGCCUCCAGGAGUCCCAUGCAAAAGAUGGCGCUCGCUUCUGCCACCUCCUCAACCUGCCCGACGAGGACUACUGCUUCCCCAAUGUCCUGAGGAACAGUCAGCUCAACCGCAACCUGGGCGCGGUGGCUGAGGACCACCAGGGCUGCCUGCAGCUCUGCCUGGCCGAGGUGGCCAACGGGCUGAGGAACCCCGUGGCCAUGGUCCAUGCUGGGGACGGCACCCGCCGCUUCUUCGUCGCCGAGCAGGUGGGAGUGGUGUGGGUCUACCUCCCCGAUGGGAGUCGCCUGGAACAGCCCUUCCUGGACCUCAAGAGCAUGGUGCUGACCACACCGUGGAUUGGGGAUGAGCGAGGAUUCUUGGGGCUGGCUUUCCAUCCCAGAUUCCGCCGCAACCGCAAGUUCUACAUUUAUUAUUCGUGUCUGGGCAAGAGGAAGGUGGAGAAAAUCCGGAUAAGUGAGAUGAAGGUUUCUGUGUCUGACCCUAACAAAGCGGACCCCAAAUCAGAGAGGGUCAUCUUGGAAAUAGACGAACCAGCCUCAAACCACAAUGGGGGACAGCUUCUCUUUGGCCUGGAUGGCUAUCUGUACAUAUUCACUGGGGAUGGAGGGCAGGCUGGGGAUCCCUUUAGCAAGUUUGGAAAUGCUCAGAACAAAAGCUCCCUGCUGGGGAAAGUGUUGCGGGUUGACGUGAACGGAGCAGGCACCGAUGGCCGGCGGUACCGAGUGCCCUUGGACAAUCCCUUUGUGUCUGAGCCGGGUGCCCACCCUGCCGUCUACGCCUACGGGGUCAGAAACAUGUGGCGUUGUGCGGUGGACCGAGGGGACCCUGUCACCCGCCAGGGCCGAGGGCGCAUGUUCUGUGGGGAUGUGGGCCAGAACAAGUUUGAAGAAGUUGACCUCAUCGUUAAAGGCGGGAACUAUGGCUGGAGGGCGAAGGAAGGAUUUGAAUGUUAUGAUAAGAAACUUUGUCAUAAUGCUUCCUUGGAUGACAUUCUGCCCAUCUAUGCUUAUGGCCAUGACGUGGGAAAGUCGGUCACUGGAGGGUAUGUCUACCGUGGGUGUGAAUCCCCCAAUCUCAAUGGCCUCUACAUCUUCGGGGACUUCAUGAGUGGUCGACUUAUGGCUUUGCAGGAAGAUAGGAAAACCAAGAAAUGGAGGAAGCGAGACAUCUGCCUGGGCAACGCAACCUGUGCCUUCCCGGGGUUGAUCAACACCUACAGCAAGUUCAUCAUCUCCUUUGCGGAAGACGAAGCAGGGGAGCUGUAUUUCCUGGCCACCUCCUACCCAAGUGCCUACGCACCACAUGGAUCUAUUUACAAAUUUGUCGACCCGUCAAGGCGUGCCCCGCCAGGCAAGUGCAGAUACAAGCCAGUGCCCGUGAAGACCAAGACUAGAAAGAUCCGCUUCCAGCCGCUCGCCAUCACGGUUUUGGACUUGAUGAAGGAGGAGGAGUCACAGAAAGCGGCUCGGAGAUCAUCCAAUGCAACCUUAGCUUCAGACCGGACUGCAUCUCAGAAGGGCUCCCCUAAGAAGCCAGUCUCCACAAGCAGACAGAAAUCAUCAAGAGGGCCUGGUACCAAGAAGAAAGGCAGAGUGUGGUCCCCCGGUCCCCAGGGCAAGAGGAAGCAGAAUCCCCAUGCCCGUAGUGCUGGGAUAAGGCAGGUGACCGAGCAGAAGUCCCCAGGCAGAAGCCAACAGUGACCUCUUGGUCAAGUUGGCUGCUGAGACCAGAGUUAGGAGAUGGCCUCACACAGUGAAAAUUGCUGCUGGCUGCUGAGGGUGGGUCUCAGACAGUCAGGGAGCCUGGGUGGAGGGCGGGUGGGCAGAGCUUAACUCCAGUGUGUGUGGUCUCUCUCUCUCUGGGAAAUCUUGCUGUGUACUGAAGAAACAGGAGCUGGUCUGUGGGCGGCAUUUCUUGGGGAGACCACAGCCCACAUGACCCCGCACCUGGCUUACAGCAUGCUCUUGUGUGCAUACCUGCCUGGAGUCCACCCGACAUCCCUUCAACCUGGGGUAAUAAAUCAGCUUUGGCUUACA